AAGAAUUCAGGCAUUUGAAAACUUAAUAUAGAUUAGUAAUAAAUAUGGGGCUCAAAAUUUACUUACUCGUCAUUCAAUGUAUAGUUUUAUGUAUUCAAUUUCGCCUCGUGAAUUUAAAGGCUUUGGAGGGUGAUAAUGUGAAAGUAGUAGCAGGCAAUGGCUUUGACUUUAUCGUUUCGAUCAUGCUCAUAGAUAGUAAAAACAUUCGAUCGGAGAAAAAUCACAUUUGCACAGGAUCACUCGUUUCAAGGAGAGAUGUUUUGACAGCCGCGCACUGUUUGAUGUAUCAACAGCUCGAUGAAAUUGAAAUCAUUGUCGGCUCGAUUGAUUUAAGGAAUGGUGAGAAAUAUCUUCCCGAAUGGUGGAUAACGUUUGAAUCGUGGAUUGAACGAAAAGAUAGAAUAAGCAGGUUUUUACUUAAUGACAUUAGUAUUAUAAGGUUGACUAAGAACGUAUCAGAUACAAUAAAUUUUCCGAUUAUAUCGACUACUUUGAGUAACUUCUUACCUGGAGUAGACGUUAAAUCAGCCGGUUGGGGCAUUAAAAGUGAUGGCAGGACACCAAGGCUCCUUGAAUCCGCUACAUUGACAAUUUUAUCUAAGGCAGAUUGUGAAAGCAGAAUUGAAAAACUUAAUGGAUAUAAGCUUGAAAUUCAUUUUAGAUUUAUAUGCACAGUGGGGAAUCCGCCUGCACUUUUGACUUUUGGUGACAGUGGAAGUCCAGUUUUAGUUGACAAUAAGAUAAUAGCUAUUAGUAUACAAACAUCUCCACUACCAGAACAACCAUUUAAUAAAGAAAAAGUAAACAUUCAUCUGAUUGUUAAUUAUUAUAAUGAAAGAAAUAAUGUUUAA